GACGGUGAGAGCAAAGCCCCGGAGAAAGCGAAGCCGAACCAGGGCGAUGCCAGUCCGGUCUCAGGACUGAAGCAGCUCGGGAAUGUGGACGAGCUCCGAAAGCAGCUGGAGAAGGAACGAAACCAGCUUCGGCUUUGGAUCAUCAAGGCCAAGCAGGAGUGGGAGGAGAAGCAGGAUCAUAAGGGACACCGUGGCGAAACCAACGACCAAGAGUACUACAUCGCCUCCAUCGGCGAGACGCUGGGUCCCAAUCGGGACUACCAGGCGGAGGCCAGCAUUGGAAAAGGCGUCUUCUCCAGCGUUUUCCGCUGCAAGCACGUUGGUACGAAGACCGACGUUGCUCUGAAGUUUGUACGGUCAAACAAAAUGAUGCGGAAGGCCGCAGAGAAGGAGGUGGAGACUUAUCGCAAGUUGGCCAAGGUGGCUGCAAAGGAGGAUCACGAGGGUGCGCAGUACAUCAUGCUGCUUGCGCCCCCGGAGACCUUUGAGCACCAAGGGCACUUGUGCCUUGUCUUCGAUCUGCUGAAGUGCGAUCUACGGACGGCGCUCACCAAGUAUGGACAAGGGAAAGGUCUUCCUUUGCAGACGGUCGCGCAGUAUGCCAG